CGUCGUUAUCCGAUAAUUACAGGGUUUUUAUUUCUUUCCGCCUUCCUCCACCGUGGGCUGUGGAACCACCUGCGGCGAAGAGGGCAAGAACCGUCGUAGCGUUGCCGCUGCUGAGAGGAUAGAAAGAUGAAGAUCUUCGUCAAGACGCUCAAGGGCACCCAUUUCGAGAUCGAAGUGAAGCCCGAAGACACCGUUGCUGAUGUCAAAAGGAAUAUAGAGGCCACACAAGGGCAAAGCGUUUACCCAGCUGAACAACAAAUGCUGAUAUAUCAAGGGAAAAUUCUCAAAGAUGAAACAACGUUGCAGGACAGUAAAGUUGCUGAGAAUAGUUUUGUUGUUAUAAUGCUGAGUAAGACUAAAGGUUCGUCAAGUGGAGCUUCAACUGCAGGCACAACACCUACAAGUCAGGCCCCUGCUGCUGGUUCUGUGAGACCAGAUGCCCCAACUCCAGCACCCACCCCAACUACAGCACCCACUGCAACUUUGGCCCCGGUCCCCACAACUACAGCUACUCCAACUACCACAGCUACACCAGCUUCUGCAGUAACUGCAUCCAGCGGUGAUGUUUAUGGUCAAGCAGCAUCCAAUCUUGUCGCAGGCAGUGGCCUUGAGCAAACCAUCCAACACAUUCUUGACAUGGGUGGAGGCACUUGGGAGAGGGACAUUGUUGUUCGUGCUUUACGUGCUGCAUAUAACAACCCUGAGAGAGCUGUUGAGUACUUAUAUUCAGGUAUUCCUGAGCAAGCAGAAGCACCACCUGUGGCCCGAGCUCCAGCGAGCCCUCCAGUCCAAUCUCCCCAGGCAACCCAGCCAGCAGUUCCUUCAAGUGGACCAAAUGCUAAUCCUUUGGACCUCUUCCCUCAGGGUCUCCCCAGCAUGGGUUCCAAUGCUAGUGCAGGCAGCCUUGAUUUUCUUCGCAACAGUCCACAGUUUCGAGCCUUGCAGACUUUGGUGCAGGCAAAUCCCCAAAUAUUACAGCCAAUGCUUCAAGAGCUAGGGAAACAAAACCCCCAAGUUAUGAGGCUCAUUCAGGAGCAUCAAGCUGAAUUUCUUCGUUUACUCAAUGAACCAGCUGAGGGAGCUGAGAGUGAUCUACUAGGACAAUUCGCAAGUCCAAUGCCACAAGCAUUGACAGUUACUCCUGAGGAACGCGAGGCCAUUGAACGUCUUGAGGCGAUGGGCUUUGAUCGGGCUCUCGUAUUAGAGGUCUUCUUUGCCUGCAAUAAGAAUGAGGAAUUGGCUGCAAACUAUCUUUUGGACCACAUGCAUGAGUUUGAAGACUGAUUUCGAGUAAAAAGCUUGGCCUGCAGCUUUACCGGAGUGCGGUUCCCAGUUCAGAGGCAUUGUGUAGUGUGUGGGUUACAGUUCAGGGUAGACAGAAUGCUUGGGUCAUCAAAGCUUCUUAUAUGGUUUUUUCUCUUGUUAUAUGUUAGCUUCUUUCAUAAAGAUUUAAUCUGGGUACAUAGUAUUUAAGUAUCGGGAGAAUGCAAUUUGUGUAUAAUGAUUUUAUCUUGGACCAUAGCACAUCAGAGUAGUUUCGUAUUUUUUUUUUCAUCAUAUGUCAAGCUCAUUGUUAUUCAUGAUGUCUAUCAAGAAGUAGGGAAGCCGAAGCUUGCAGAGUGCUGGAGAUAUGUUGAAUCCUAAUAUGAUUUUCUUGCAGUAGGAUUUUGAACAGUCUCAUUGUUUUUUCCCAUGAUAAAAUUACAUUUUCUGCAA